CACAGUGUAACACAGUGUAAGAUCAAACAGUGCUCAUAGGAGAAUGUCUAGUCAGUCAAUGCAUCAAUCUGGAAUAAUCACUUAGCUUUAAAACGACAUCGCUGAACGAUGUUAAAGAAGUCUCGGCUAGACCUCUAGAAGUAAAAAGCUCUUGAAGUGUCCGCUUAUUGAAGGUUUUGUGCAACAAAAUGGCUUAAUAUUGGUGUCCGCGUCCGCUAAACAGAGGUGUCCGCUGAACGCAGGUUAGUUUUACAGUAAAUAUGGGAGUGUGGGAAAAAAUUUUGGGACUCUAGCUGGUGUUCACUUAAUAGAGGGUGUCCGCUUAAUGCAGGUUUCACUGUAUUCCUUGAUGAAUCCACCUAAAAUGAAUAAUAAAAGCAAUCAUUUGUCUCUCAAAGCAUAUUAAUAGAAAACUAUGCUUAAAGGGAGAAUCUUUGUUUACAAUACUUGGCCAUUAGCAUAAACGAUAAAUUUUCUGAUGGUGCGAGAAAAACAUUAGUCCUGAAUAUUGAAAGGGUAUUGCAUGAUUAACUGUCCCAAGGAAUUUGAACCAGAUAUAUUGAAUACUUUUUGUUCCAUGCGGUUUUAAAAACUCGAAAUGUUUCUGUAUGAGCCAUUAGCGCUUUUGCCACUCAGAAAUUCUGCGGGUUUUGAAAACCAAUUUCUCCUCGAAUAUUUCACCAAAAGAGCCAAAACUUUCACCAAUUAUUAAGUUUUACAAGGUCUUUUAACAUUUGUAUUCUAUUGGUGUUUAGCAUGAUGCCUUCUCUAGUCAAAGUCUUAUGCUAUUGAGGAAAAAUGUAAACAGUGACGUUAGCGAAGAUUCAGCUCUUGUACGCAUAGCCCAAGGGGAGCUUUAUCAAUAUAGUAGGAAUUUGCAUAACAGAGCAAGGAUAUUGAACAAUUGUGGAUGUUUAAUUUAACUCUGAAUUUUGCUCUCUAUCGAAUAUUCCAAUGUCUAUCGAAUAUUCCAAUGUCAGAGUUUAAGGGAGAGUCCAGAGAGUGGACUAAAAUUCAGUCUCGUCUCAGCAUGGCAUCAAAAAUCAGACGUCCUUUAAAGGAAAGUCGGAGUGUUACUUCGUAGCCAUUGAUUGCCUACCACACAUAUUAAAUAUACUAAAAGGGUUUUAUGUUUAUAUUUGUAUUGAGAAACUAAAGAUGUUGUUGUUGCGGAUUGUGUUGUGAUAUAGAUAUACCAUAUUUGACUAAACCUAUUUCUCUUUGUAUCACUCAAGAGCAAAAUAACGAGAAACACUAAUAGUUUGGCAAAUAUAAACUUAGCACAUAACACAUUUGAGUCAUGCAGCGACGCCGGAAGCCAAAUACAUAUAAACGGAAAAACGUGAGAAAACAACUAGGAGAUAGAAUGUAAAAAUAUUGCGGGUGAAACCAAGAGACCAUGAUUUAGGUCGACCUCUCUCGCAAACACACAACAACAGAAGCAACGUGACAAGCAUGAAGAUGGCGCUACAGCGUUCGACAAAAAUAGCAACCAAUAAGACACGAGUUGCUGGGAGGAGUCAGUAACGAGACACAAUAUAUUGGAGCUGCAAUAAUCGAUCUAUGCAAAUCCUUGUUCUUCCAAAAGCUGACCGUAAUGCAGGCUAAAGAAACUGAGUUGUUCCGAACUUUCUCGUACGAAGAAGAGCUUCAAAAAGCCAAGUGGUUCAAAGAAGACUUGGAGAAAGGUGACGGCUGGACUGAAGCGGCUACGGGCCCUGGCUACACUUACUGGAUUAAAACCAUAUACGAUGACGAAGUUCCUAUUAAGAUAGUUUACACGGUUGAUAUGCCAUUCCCUGCCAAGGUAUUCCUACAGUUGUUAGACCCCAAAAAUCUAAAAGCUCGUAAUGAUUGGGACAAAGCUUUUGUGGAGCAUGAGAUAGUGGAAAGCUACCCUGACGGUGGAGGAUAUGUGACAUACAUGCGGGCACUUUUAUCUUGCCCAUUGGUGGAUCGAUCAUUCGUGUUGUUUCUUCCACCGAGUAGAGAGGUUGACUGGUAUGGAAAGAAGGCGUAUUUCUUACUGAUCAAACACGGGUGGCACCCAGCGAAACCCGAAGGAGAAGAUGGCCUUGUUCGAGCGACAAAUGGCGGCAAUUUCUACGUGGUCAUGCCGGACGAGCAGAAACCUGACGAAGCGUGUCGAGUGUUUGGACUAACAAACAACCUCUACAACGGAUGGAUUCCUGAUACUUAUAUGGAAUGGAUGCAGAAAAGAGUUGUACCGAAAAAAUUCAACGAAUGGCGAGAAAAUAUGGUGGAAGGGUAUAAAAAGUACUUUAAGAACUGAGAACGUUAAAGCGGAAUCGAGAUAGCGUUUUUCACAUCCAAAGUCGUUUCAGAUCACAACAGCGCAAUUAAGUUUUUGCUGAAGUGUUUUCAACAGUGUAUAAUAUGUAAAACUGACGUCAAUAUUGAUGUUACGAGGCAUGGAAAUUUCUGGCACAUGGGUUCUUUUCUUAAGUGAAAAUUUCGUAUUGUGUGGGUGUACCAAUAUCAUGAAUAGCCGUGAUGUAAACACUCAAUUUUGUAUGUAAUAUGUCAAACACGACAAAUUGUUUUAGAUCAAGAAGUUAGUCGAGGUGUUUGGAAAAGUACAUCUGUCUCGAUUGUUUGAUAUAUCUUCUCUAUAGAAACUGAAACUUCAGGAGAAAACGGAGAAAUAAAAUGGGAUUAUCAAUAUUCUAAUUUGAACAGUUUGUAAACCAUCCGUCAUGGUUCUUGACUUUAGUACAAGCAUGACCGCCACGUUUGUAACACACAAUGACAGCAAGCUUGAAUUCAAUGGGAAUGGCUUGAAUUCAAUGGCUUGAAUUCAAUGGAAAAUUUCUGUGUUAUGAACAGAGACAUAAGCAACUUGUUUCCCAUUUGACUUAAUUGCCCUUCUGUCUAGUUGUCGCGCACUCCCAGAUCUAAGUACCGAUUGUCAAAUUUUUCCUUACUUAUAAAACAACAACGUCUUUUCUCAGUGGAUUUUUUUGUUAUUCAGCAAACUUACAUUGUGUACGCGUCAUUGGUUAUCAUUCAGAUCACGAACACGAACUCGGUGAGCGUGUUUCAUCGUGGCUGGCCACAGACAUAUAAGACAGGCAUCCUUCCCUAAGGAAGCAAUGUUGCAUUAAGUAUAGAUUUCCUACGGACCAUUUCAUACAUAGCCCCCUCCGGCUGACGGACUUACGUGAAAACCAUAGUUCUGAAAACCGCUCCUUCCCGUCCAGCGAAC